AAUCGGGAAGAUUCCAAAUUAUCUUCCACCGUUUCUGUCAGUGUUGAAUUUGCAGGCCAAUUACUUUGAUGGAAAUAUAUCAAUUGGGUUUCCAGAGGACUGUGGAUUACGAAAUCUCAACUUACAUGGAAAUCAAAUAGACGGGCUAUUACCAAGGUCUUUGGUGAAUUGUAGCAUGUUAGAGGUUCUAGACGUCGGCAACAACGGCAUAGAGGACACAUUUCCUCAUUGGUUGGAAUCUCUACCCGCCCUUCAAGUACUUGUCUUAAGGUCCAACAAGUUCCACGGUUCUGUGCAGAGCACUAAAGAAAGUUCAUCUUUUCCCAAGUUACGAGUUCUAGACCUCUCCAACAAUGAUUUUCUUGGUCCUUUGCCUAUUCGGUACAUGGGAAAUUUGAAAGUGAUGAUGGACCCUCAUGGAGAGGAUGGUUCCCCUGAAUACAUGAAGAUGUCGACAGGAACCAAUUCUUAUCAAUAUUUACUGGUUGUGACAUGGAAGGGAUUCGACUAUGAGCUGCAGGGAAUCUUGACCGUAUUCAGUAGUAUUCAUCUCUCAAAUAACAAGUUUGAGGGAGAAAUUCCAGAUGUUAUUGGAAAGCUUAGUUCUCUCAAAGGGCUUAAUCUUUCUCAUAACAACCUUACUGGUCAUAUCCCACCGUCACUAGGGAAUUUGACGAAUCUGGAAUGGUUGGAUCUGUCUUCCAACGAGCUGGCGGGGAAAAUUCCAGAUGAAUUGGUAUCUUUGACACAACUCUCUGUAUUGAAUCUUUCAAAUAAUCAACUCGUCGGACGCAUACCACAAGGCAAUCAGUUCAACACCUUUGGAAAUGGUUCUUAUGAAGGAAACCUUGGACUGUGUGGAAUCCCAUUGUCAAAAUCUUGUGAUAGAAUUGGGACACCGCCGAGCUCCUUCCAAGAAAAAGAUGAGUUGUGGAGAUUUGGCUGGAGAGUUGUGGUGUUAGGCUACGGAUGUGGAGUUGUUUUUGGACUGCUGAUGGGAUAUCUUGUCUUCCGAACAGGAAAACCGAAAUGGUUUGUGUCUUUGUUUGAUGGCCGACCAAGUCAAAGUGGAGGGCAGAUGAGGAAAGCCAGAAGACUUGUUCAAAGAAGAAGCUAGUUGCAGAGUUGAUGUUUUAGAGCUUCUGAUUUAAUGUUUUUUGAAUAAGUGCUUUUUGGGUUGGAAGUUCUUGUUAUAGCUGGCGUUGGCUUGUCUAAAAUUGUCAGCCUUCUAUUGUCUUUAUUAUGCUUUGUAAUUUUGUCUUUCUUUAUUGUAAAAUAUAUUUGAAGGUUUAAG